GGUAGUAAACCCAGGAACUCUAUGACGAACCAUUCCCCCAAACUUACCAACUCCCUCUACCGCCCAGCAGCAGAUUGAGUUCCUAACUGGACUAUAAUAAGGAUCGUAGAAAUUAUUAUUUAAAAGACUCAUACGUUCUCCAUAAAUUGAACGAGUUCUUGUUACUGCACUUGUGUUCUGUGACUUAUUAAGAAACAUUGAAGUGUCAAGAAACAUGUCUAAAGCUACUUAUCUUCGUGAGUACAAGCUGGUUGUUGUCGGCGAUGGAGGCGUCGGUAAGAGUGCUCUUACUAUCCAAUUGAUUCAAUCGCAUUUCGUAGACGAGUAUGACCCUACUAUUGAAGAUUCCUACCGCAAGAAGUGUGAUAUCGAUGGUGAAGGUGCCUUGUUGGAUAUCCUCGAUACAGCUGGCCAGGAAGAAUACUCGGCCAUGCGUGAACAAUACAUGCGGACUGGUGAGGGUUUCCUGCUUGUGUUCAACAUCACAUCUCGCUCGUCGUUCGAGGAGAUCAACAACUUCUACCAGCAAAUUCUUCGGGUGAAGGACAAGGACAAGUAUCCAGUGGUCCUUGUGGGCAACAAAUGCGAUCUCGAGGACAGCAGAGAGGUGUCGCGUGAAGAGGGUGAACAAAUGGCCCACAUGAUGGGCUGCACGUAUGUGGAGACGUCUGCAAAGUUCCGUCUGAAUGUCGAGGAAGCCUUCUACGACCUUGUGCGCACCAUCCGUCGCUUCAACAAGGUUGAGGAGGGCAGCAACCCUGCCCCUCAACCGAACACGAAUGCUCGUGUCGGUGCAGCUUCUGCUGCCAAGCCUGAUGUCCACGGAGCCGCCGACGACUCCGCAACCGCUAGCAAGUGCUGUGUCAUUGCUUAAGUGAGCGGCUGCAUCCUUUCCCCUCCUUGCGCACGCGCUCCUUUGUUGAAGGAAAUUUUCGAGUUUCACUGUCUUUUGUGCGUCUUUCACCGUCUUUUGUACGUCCGGCUGGAGCGAUUAUUGCUCAUCCGCAAUUUUCUCAAUAUCUCGCCUACUCUUUUAUGGCCUAAUAUGCGGUGCGCCAAGUAAUUUGUUCUUUCCCCGUACCGCUCGUGUCUCUGUGGAACAGUUUUGUGUUGAAUUGUUUACGUUGCUCGGAGAACUUAUUUUAUUAUUCACAUUAUUUGUUUCUAUCAUUCAUUCAAGUCGUAACCAGCGUUUACUUCUACUGUAAACGAAGAAGCUGAUGCUGACCAUGGGAAUUACCUUCGCAUAGCCUAUGGUCAGGCCGACGUAAAAUCCGCGAAGGCCUGACUGUCGAAAGAUCGACAUGAUGGUUUUACGGAGCGUUAAUAAGCCAUUUUGCUGGUACGAACCUGCCACCUGCAUUUUUCGACGAAUCACUUCCAAUGGAUACGAAAGUGUCUGUCCACACAUCCCGGCGACAGCACCCGCUCCAAGCUCUGCCCAAGCCUUUAGUCUCCGUUCGCCCGAGUCCACGGUUGUCGUGUUCAAGUACCUGGCCACGGAGGGCUUGGCGAGGAAGUCGAUUGCUGUGUCGUAUGCAAGGAAGGACAUGCCAGCAUAAGGAAACAUCCCAAGUAACGUCACUCCAAAUCCUUGGUAGAA